AUGGCCCCUUCGGCGUCACACCUCGUCGACGAGCUCCUGGAGGAGAUCUUCCUCCGACUGCCCACCCCGGCCGCGCUCGCACGCGCCUCAACCACCUCCCCCCGCUUCCGCCGCAUCAUCACCGACCGCUCCUUCCUCCGCCGCUUCCGCAAACUCCACCCGCCGCCGCUCCUCGGGUUCGCCGACGAACGUGCAGGCUUCCACCCCGCCGAGGCGCCCCAUUCCUCCGCGCCGCUCGCCCGUGCCCUCGCCGACACCGCUGAUUUCACCUACUCCUUCGUCCCCAAGCCCAGUAAUGACCACUCCUGGCGUCCCUGCAACGUCCGCGACGGCCGCGUCCUCCUCGAGAGCAGCCGAUACGGGACCUUCAGAGAGCUCGCGGUGUGCGAUCCGUUGUCACGGCGCUACGUGCUGCUUCCGCCCAUGCCCGAGCACAUGUCAGUCCAGGAACAGCGCCCUUGGGAAUUCAGGUCCAUCCUGGCUCCCAUUGCCGAGGAGGAUGAGGAUGAGACGUCGUUCAAGGUGAUAUGCUUUGCGGACUAUGAAACCAAGCUGGAUGUGUUUGUCUUCUCUUCAGUCACACGCCAGUGGUGCAUUGCUGCAUCUCCCAGCUGGAUUUCUUUGGGCGCGGACCGCCCAUGGGGGCUGCGCGUGGUGUUUGGGGAAUCCCGUGGCUUCUCCUGUUUUGACUAUGUACGUGGCUGCUUCUACUCGGCGUCGCCAUGGAAAGACAGGUUGCUCGUGCUGGACACGCGGACAAUGGAGAUUUCCACUGUCAAUGAUCGCACUGGCUACCAUAUGCAGCUCAGAUGGCUCCCUGGCCAGGCAGAAGGAGUUUCUGCCAGAGACAAUGGGCUGGGCAGACUCCGCCCUGCUCAAGUAAGAAGUCUGCCUGCCAUUGUAGUGGGUAGAGAAGGAGCACUUGAGAUGUUUUCUCUUGUCGGGGAUCACAGUCCAAAUGGAUCGUUUCAUCUCUAUCACACAGCUCAGGAUACUAACAGUGAAUCUCCCAAGGAAUGGCAGCUGGAGAACAUUAUACAGUUGCCUGGCCAGUAUGAUUAUUUCACCUUGGGCGCGACUGAGGGAUUCUUAUUCCUUGGAGCCACUUCAGAAGACCAGUUGGAUAUUGAUGAAGACUCACCAGUGUGGUUGUCGAAGACUGACUGGGAUGUAGAUUAUUUUUCGCUGGAUGUCAAGACUUCUGAACUUGCAAAGGUUUGUAGGAGGAGGAGGGAAUUCUUCCACUAUGAAGAUGUUUACUGGUACUUUGGCUUCCCUCCAUCUUUGUCAAAACCAAGUAUAUGA